UUUGGGACCCUUUCAAAACAAGUACACUCUUCUCUCUCUCUCUCUCUCUCUCUCUCUCUCUCUCUCUCUCUCUCAUCAUUCAGGUAAGUAGCUGUUUCCCCUUUCCCUCACUUACUCAAAUGCUUUUUUCCUCUUUCUGUAUAAUUCCAUGGACUCACUCUGUUUUUGCCUCCUUCAGACUCCUCUAUCUUCUGCUUAACCUUGCAUACUUCUUGCUACCCUUUACCUUGUUCCUCUAUUUGACUUUUCUUGACUUGGUUUUUCACUUCUUUGAGGUUUUUUUUAUUUCUAAAAGUUUUUAUUUUUGUUUUCAAUGAAUCAAAGAGCUCAAAGAAAGGUUUUUUAGCUUCAGGUAGAGUAAUUUUGUGAACUUUUUCUGUCUUUCUUUAGUGGGCACUUGUUACUUUUUUGCAAGACUCUUCAGUGGUUCCUCCCUCAAAGCUGCUUUUUCAGCUUCUAAGGGUUAUUAUUGCAGCAACGAAAUUCAAGCUGAGUUUUCCAUUUUCUUUUUUCUCUACACGACACACUGUAGUAGUAGCAGUAGCACACUGUUUCUGUUUCCAUUGAAGGUGGAUUGUUUGCUGUGGUGUGGUGUUUGUUCUCUUUUAUACUCUUGAUUGAUUCUGUCGCAUGCAAUGGAAUCUUCUUGGGAUUAUGUUACUGAAGAAGAUAAGGGGUAUGUCUCCAACGAUGCACUUUCUGCUGCACCUCCUCCUCCUCCUAGUACCCUUUUGAGAAGCAAAAGUUCCUUCCUUGGAUGGGAACUGAAAACCCCAUGUUCUAGCUUUGACAAUCAAUGUUUUGAAGAACUUGGUUUCCCUGAACUGUUGGGGAAACCAUUGUUUAAUGAUCUAAUUGGAGGUAGUGGACAUGGUGGAAGAAUCACAAGUAGUAGUAAUAGUACUAUUACAACUACUACUACUGUUGUGGACUCCAGUAGUGGCCGUGAUUCCCUCAUUGAUUUGAAGCUUGGAAGAUUUGCUGAUCAUGCUGAUGUUAAUGUUGCAUCAUUUUCCAAAGGAGCACCUGUUUUGUGUUCUUCUGUGUCGUCCACGGCCCCGAAGAGACCGCGAGGCUCUUUGGGUUUGCACUCGCAGACUUCUUACUGCCAAGUCUAUGGCUGUAACAAGGAUCUCAGCUCCUCUAAAGAUUACCACAAGAGACACAAAGUUUGUGAGGUUCAUUCCAAGACUGCCGUAGUUAUAGUCAAUGGCAUUGAGCAAAGGUUUUGUCAGCAAUGUAGUAGGUUUCAUUUGCUGGCUGAAUUCGAUGAUGGUAAGCGCAGCUGUCGCAAACGCCUUGCAGGACAUAACGAACGGCGAAGAAAACCACAAGCAGGUAUUCACUCUGGAAAGGCUGCGAGGUUGCUUCAUCCAUGUGGUAGUGAUAGCAGAUUCCAGGGAACCAUGCUAUCGUCGGCAUCUUUCAUCUCCUCGGAUUCAGAUAAAUACGGAAUGAGUAGCUUCUGGAAACACGGGUCCGAUUUUUGGCAUCCUGAGUCAAGAUCUCUUUUCCCUUCAUACAAUGGAAAACAAUUUCCCUUUCUUCAUGAGAGUGGUGCUACACCCACUACUACUGAAAGCAUCUUCUAUGAAAACAAUAACCAAUAUAAGCAUGUCAUUGCAGCCCAACAUCCAGGGUCAAGACCACUAUUUCAGAACAGCUCCUUAGGAAGUGACGACUUCAAUCUUUUCGAUACAUCAUCAACUGUUCAAGGAUUGUCGGGAAUUUCGGACUCGUGUUGUGCUCUCUCUCUUCUGUCAUCUCAAUCCCAGAACUCUUCAGGCCAGUCGUCCGGAAUUCCCUUUGUUCCCCCCAUGGUUAGUCCAAGCAGCCACAGCCAUCCUUGCAGCAUAAGUCAAGUCUCUGAAAAGAUAGGAAUGAGCUCGCAAACUUCUUCGUGCCGAGUGUACGAUAGGUUUCCAUCGGCGUUGAAUCCUGCAAGUGGAAGCCAGCUUAGUCCUAUACUUAUAUCAGACAAUAACAAUAUUGUCAACUUCGAAAUGGCAGACCGGAUUUUCCAAGGUUCAGACUUUGCUAAUGCUAGAGAUCGUCUUUCAUGUGAAGAUGUUGCAACAAUUGACUUGCUACAGCUGUCGUCGCAGCUUCAACGAGUCGAGCAUCAAAGGCAGUCCUUGCAGGUUAAGCAAGAAAAUGAUUCUUCCUGCACUCUCCGGAUUACUUAAGAGGAAUUCAAUUCAACAGACAACUCUGCCGUUAACCUCAUUCUCAUCUGGUGCUAACUACUUGUAACAAUUUGGUUCCGUUGAUUUGGGUCAAGAAGCUGUUUAACAUUGCAUUUGUAACCUGACCAAACAAAACACGUUAUUUGUCUUUAUAAAUGUUACUAUUAAAA